AAAAAAUAAUAUUCAUUCUGGAAUUAUAAAACUCCAUAGUAUAUAAAUGAUAUCUUCCAAUGCAAAAGAAUGUAUGUUCAAAAUAAGGUGCAUAAAGGUGGAAGAGAUUGAUAGGAUGCCGGAGUGGAUUUACAAAGAAGUGGGCUGGACUAAUAAUGAUUCCAUAUUCCUCAAGAUAUGUUACGAUAUAGAUCCGAAAGGCUGGUUCGUGGCUGUCACCUCUGAUGAAGACAUUAUUGGAACAUUGCUGAGUGUCAACUUAAACGAUCAAUAUUCGUUCGCUGGCUUGUAUUUGGUAUCUAAGAAGCAUCGAUUCAAAGGGAUUGGAAAGAUAUUACAAGACAUCAUGUGUAAACACGUUGCUCAUAGAUGUUUAGGCGUCAAUUCUGUAGAAGAAAGGGUUUCUUCUAAUCUCAAAAUAGGAAUGAUCCAAUCAUUCAAAGUUGCCAUAUUCAAGGGUUGCUUAAUACGUAACGCUCCAAUAUUUCAUUUCUUGUCUAAGUAUAAAUCCAUCGAUGAUCACAAACCACUUAAUACCGUUGCUAACGGAAUGAUAUGCAAUCAAAAAAUUCAGUGCAAUGCUAAAGAUCAACACCAAUGCAAUAAGAUUGAAGCCAAAAAACCCGUCACCUAUCUUACCACACAAACAGAUCUCAAAAAUAAUUCUGUGAUAGACCAGGAAUUAGAGAAAAAGCAAACUAUUUGCGAAAAGGGUUAUAACGACAACAGCCACCCUUUUUUAGAUGAUAAACUAUCUUUGAAAUAUAAUAGCUUGAAUACUAAUGACGAUUUAUCCAAGCAUAGACAUGACUCAUUACAAGGGAGUGAUAAUAUAAGCUUAAUACUUAAAGAUGGCAUGGAUAUCAAUUUCUCCAGCUUAUGCAAUUACGAUGCUGCAAUUCACGGAGGCAUACCCAGGGAAAUAUUUUUGAAGGCCUUUAUACAGUUAUCUGCAAAGAGUGACAAUGCAAUAAAAUGUAUAGUGGCUCUCAAAAAGUCUGAAAUGAUGGCAAACGAUAAGCAAGCUUUAUCUGAUCAGAUAUGUGGUUACGGAAUUAUACGCCCUAGAUGGAGAUCCCUUUCAACUGAGAAUGAAUUGAUUACUUUCCCUAACACAAAAAAUUUAACUCCUCUAAUAUCUGAGCAUCACCUGAUUAUAGGCCCACUGUACGCCGAUAAUCCAGAAAUUGCUAAAAUCAUAUUGAAGGCUCUACUAGACACGGUCCCUUACGAAUGGAAGAUUAAUGUAGAGUUAACCGUUCCUUUCAAGAUAAAAGAUGAAGUCGCAGGUCCUUUGAACGAUUCUACAUUUAAUCCAAAUUUCUUAUAUAUGACUGCUACCAAAGAGUUGGGUCUUAGCAGAGAAGGAGAGUGUUUCAGAAUGUACAAAAAUGAUAUAAUGAAAACACUUAAUAGGAACGAGGAGGAUGAAUCAAUAAAAAAUGUUGAUAAAAAGAUAGAUCUAAUUCCUUUUCCUAAUAUUUUAAUGGAAAAAGUUUAUUCUUUAGUGAGUUUGGAUUAUUUUUUAAUUUGAGCCAAAUGUUUAAAUC